GUCGUUGAAUGGUUAGAUUCUAGCAUAUUUGAGACAGCUGAACUCCCCGUUACAGACGAGGCGAUACCGUCAGCCGUGGACAGGCUAAAAGACUCAUUGGACUCGGCCGCUCGUCAGUCAAGCAUAUCUUCAGCCAAGAUCGGUCGCAAAGUUAGUCAUCGACCAUCACAACAACAGGCGCGACCACAAACAUACUCAGCUUUGCUGAUAAAAAGUUAUGAACUUCAAAGGGACAUGAAAGCGGAGGCACUGACUGAGACACCCAAAGCCUACACGUGGAAAGGGGAUUGGUUACAGCGUGGGUCGGAACCAGCCGAUUAUCGUUGUCAACCUGGUCGUCUGGGCGCGAACAGCCAGUUUAUACUUCAACCAAUCCCCUUGCCCAAACCCGGAGUGACACGAUACCCGUUUCCAACGAGCAAAGAAUUAUAUCAACGAAAGAAAGCGCUUCAACACGAAUGGAUUAAUUUACAAUUGUACAAUCAAUCGAUGAGAAAAUUGUUUGAAAAGCUGGACAAUUUGAAAGGUAAUUUCAAACAUGAUUUCAGUCAAGACAAAAUGGUUGUUGUAAGCGGUCCACAUAAUGUUUGUGCACCGGUAGGAUUAGCUAAAGAAAAUCUAUAG